AUGCACUACGCUGCAGAGAGCUUUGUUCAUACAGCAUUGGUAAACAGAUAUGACACAGACUCUCCAUUAUGGAGUCUCCUGAUAGCUUCUGCCAAUGUCGGACAAAUAUCGAUAAUUUCUAGUUUGGGACACACCUCUGCCAUGGCAGUCAAGGGCAUCGAGUUUGUGCACACAAUUUUUUCCAACGACCCUUGGUUGAUCCUUGGGAUCGCUUGGCCACUAAAGAUUCCGUGGGUCACCAUGGCAACCACCGAUUUGGCACCUUUCUCCAAAAGCAGAUCGGACGCUUUACACAAUGUGCCACACGUGUCGGCCAUGUCAUCCACCAAAACACACACUUUACCUGUCACAUCUCCCACAAGAACCAUGCGGCUCACCUCGUUUGCCUUGGCUCGCUCUUUGUGGAUCAAGGCAAACGGAGUAUCCAGCUUGUCCGCUAGCGAAGCAACACGUUUAGCUCCGCCUGCAUCAGGUGACACGAUCACCAGGUCUGUCGUGGACAGUUUCAAGUUUAUAUAUUUCAGCACCUCAGGCUCGGCGUAA